AUGGACUACGUAAUCGACAACCCCGAAGGUCCUCAUCCAGAGUUUGACCCAUCGGAACCCCUGAGGGGAUACCGGGUCAUCAAAUACGCGGACCAGUUCUCCUUGGAUUUCCUCGCUGGAUGUGUAGCAAAGAUUAGCGACGCAUUCGAGGGCUUGAAUCUCAAGCUCAUACCAGCCAAGUACAUCCCUAGGAGGCGCCGUGCGCGCAUUUGGUUACCUCAGAUAGCCGAACCAGGCGAAAAGUUGCUGCGGUGUAUAAAGCUGCAUAAUAAAAUCAUACCAGCAAUAGACGAGUGGGAGUUCAUCAAAGUUUAA